UUUACAGUGCUUUAAAAUAUAAAUUAUCGAUAUUAUUGUGUACUUCCAUCGUUUCAAUUCGCUUCCUGUGUGGCGCAUUCGAAAUCUUUAUUCGUAUUGCACUUCAAACCCUAUCUCAAAGCCGCAAAUUAAUUAGACGCCAACCGGCAUGGCUGCUGCAACGGGUGAACUGUCCAAAAAUGAGCUGAAGCGCCGUCUGAAAGCUGAGCAAAAGGCCAAGGAAAAGGCCGAGAAGGAGGCAACACGCGCAGCUGAAGCUCCAGAAGCAGGACAAAAGAAGAAAUCUGCUGCAGAGCAGGAGGAGGAGAUCUCACCCAAUGAGUAUUUCAAGCUGAGAUCGACGGCAGUUGCUGAAUUGAAGCAGACGCCCGAUAAUCAUCCCUAUCCACACAAAUUCCAUGUGAGCAUCUCGCUGGAAAACUUCAUUGCCCAAUACAGCGAGCUCAAGGAUGGCGAGACACUGGAACAGGUCAAUCUGAGCGUAGCUGGACGCGUGCAUGCCAUACGCGAGUCCGGCGCCAAGCUCAUCUUCUACGAUCUGCGCGGUGAAGGUGUCAAGCUCCAGGUGAUGGCCAGUGCCAAGUCAUACAAAAGUGAGGCGGCAUUUGAGCAGGACACAGCCAAGCUGCGACGUGGCGACAUUAUUGGCGUCACCGGUCAUCCGGGCAAGACCAAGAAGGGCGAACUGUCCAUUAUGCCCACAGAGUUGAAGCUACUGUCGCCCUGUCUGCAUAUGCUGCCCCAUCUGCACUUUGGGCUCAAGGACAAGGAGACACGCUAUCGCCAGCGCUAUCUGGACUUGAUACUUAACAACAAAGUGCGCGAAACCUUCCAGAUACGCGCCAAGAUUAUAUCGUUUGUGCGUCAGUUUCUGGAUGGCUUGGGUUUCCUAGAGAUCGAGACACCCAUGAUGAACAUGAUUGCUGGCGGAGCAACGGCCAAGCCGUUCGUCACACAUCACAAUGAACUCAAAAUGGAUCUGUUUAUGCGCAUUGCGCCGGAGCUGUAUCAUAAAAUGCUUGUUGUGGGCGGCUUGGAUCGUGUCUAUGAAAUUGGUCGUCAGUUCCGGAACGAGGGCAUCGAUUUGACACAUAAUCCGGAGUUUACCACAUGCGAGUUUUACAUCGCGUAUGCUGACUAUUCUGAUCUGAUUGAGAUUACUGAGCAAAUGGUUUCUGGCAUGGUCAAAGCCAUACACGGAACCUACAAAAUCAAAUACCAUCCCGAUGGACCAGACGGCAUCGAACAAGAAUUGGACUUUACGCCGCCUUUUAAGCGCGUCUCGAUGAUAAAGACGCUAGAGGAGAAGUUGCAGGUUAAGUUCCCCUCGGCGGAUACGUUCAACAGUCGCGAGACGAAUGAGUUUCUGUCCCAGCUUUGCACCAAACAUCAGGUGGAAUGCCCGGCGCCACGGACCACAGCCCGUCUGCUCGAUAAACUGGUUGGUGAAUACAUCGAGGAGGAAUGCAUCAAUCCGACAUUCAUUUGCGAGCAUCCACAAAUCAUGUCGCCCCUCGCCAAGUAUCAUCGCAGCGUGCCCGGACUCACUGAGCGCUUUGAGCUCUUUGUUGCCAAAAAGGAGAUAUGCAAUGCAUACACGGAGUUGAACGAUCCGGUUGUGCAGCGCGAGCGUUUCGAGCAGCAGGCUAGCGACAAAGCCGCUGGCGAUGACGAGGCCCAAAUGGUGGAUGAGAGCUACUGCACAGCGCUUGAAUACGGUUUGCCACCCACUGGCGGAUUUGGCAUGGGCAUUGAUCGACUCACCAUGUUCCUAACCGACUCCAAUAACAUUAAGGAGGUGCUGCUGUUCCCUGCCAUGAAACCCGAGGAAGCCAAUCGCACACCAGCCGCCAACUCAGCCGAGGCACAGCAAACCGCUCAGCAGUAGACAGAUGGGAAUCCUUACUCGAGAAUGCCGCACACAGUAGUCAUGUGUGUUGUCCCAGUUCUGUGCGAUGCCUUAAAUUAUUAAUUAAAUAAAAUGAAAAACGCAUUAUUUUUUGAUCAGUUAUCCCCCCAAA